CGGGGAAGGACCGGAACUCCGGGCGAGUGGUUUGUUGAUAAUAUGGCGGCCGGAGCUGCCUGGGAAUCCCGAGGAGGUGGUGGGGCCGACACCCGGAAGAAGGGUCUCAUUUCGGGCUAGUGCGGCGGCUCCUGUGAACCCGGAAGUCCGGGCCAACUGCUGAAUGAGGGGAACCGGGCCCUCUCCGCGACAGUCCCCCCGCGCCCUCCGCCCGGACCCGGGCCCCGCCAUGUCCUUCUUCCGAUGGAAAGUGAAAGGCAAAGAAGAAGAGAAGACCUCAGAUGUCAAGUCCAUUAAAGCUUCCAUAGCUGUACAUUCCCCACAAAAAAGUACUAAAAAUCAUGCCUUGCUGGAGGCUGCAGGACCAAGUCAUGUUGCAAUCAAUGCCAUUUCUGCCAACAUGGACUCCUUUUCAAGCAGCAGGACAGCAACACUUAAGAAGCAGCCAAGCCACAUGGAGGCUGCUCACUUUGGGGACCUGGGCAGAUCUUGUCUGGACUACCAGACUCAAGAGACCAAAUCAAGUCUUUCAAAAACCCUUGAUCAAGUCUUGCAUGACACUGUUGUCCUCCCAUAUUUCAUUCAAUUCAUGGAACUUCGAAGAAUGGAACAUUUGGUUAAAUUUUGGGUAGAGGCUGAGAGUUUUCACUCUACAACUUGGUCCCGAAUAAGAGCACACAGUCUGAACACAGUGAAGCAGAGCUCACUGGCUGAGCCUGUCUCUCCAUCUAAAAAGCACGGAACUUCAGCAUCUUUUACAACUGAGUCCCUUGACAAGAGGUUGGAAGAUUCUUGUGCAGCUCAAUUGCUUAUGACUCAGUCAGAAGCAAUCAACCUGAAUAAUAGAACUAACAGCAGUCACAAUCACUUGCUGCUUUCCCAAGAAUGUGACAGUACCUAUUCUUUCCAUCUUGAAAUGGCUAGAGGAGGAACUCAUCCAGUUUCCAUGGAAACUCAAGAAUUUUCCUCCAGACUUACAAUAGCCAGUAGAAACAGUCCCUCUUCUCCACUAAAAGAAUUAUCAGGAAAACUAAUGAAAAGUAUAGAACAAGAUGCAGUGAAUACUUUUACCAAAUAUAUAUCUCCAGAUGCUGCUAAACCCAUACCAAUUACAGAAGCAAUGAGAAAUGACAUCAUAGCAAAGAUUUGUGGAGAAGAUGGACAGGUGGAUCCCAAUUGUUUUGUUUUGGCGCAGGCCAUAGUCUUUAAUGCAAUGGAACAAGAGCACUUUAGUGAGUUUCUGCGAAGUCACCAUUUCUGUAAAUACCAGAUUGAAGUGCUGACCAGUGGAACUGUUUACCUGGCUGACAUUCUCUUCUGUGAGUCAGCCCUCUUUUAUUUCUCUGAGUACAUGGAAAAAGAAGAUGCAGUGAAUAUUUUACAAUUCUGGUUGGCAGCAGAUAACUUUCAGUCUCAGCUUGCUGCCAAAAAGGGCCAAUAUGAUGGACAGGAAGCACAGAAUGAUGCCAUGAUUUUAUAUGACAAAUACUUCUCCCUCCAAGCCACACAUCCUCUUGGAUUUGAUGAUGUUGUACGAUUAGAAAUUGAAUCUAAUAUCUGCAGGGAAGGUGGGCCACUCCCUAAUUGUUUUACAACUCCAUUACGUCAGGCCUGGACAACCAUGGAGAAGGUCUUUCUGCCUGGCUUUUUGUCCAGUAAUCUUUAUUAUAAGUAUUUGAAUGAUCUCAUCCAUUCUGUUCGAGGAGAUGAAUUUCUGGGAGGGAGUGUUUCACUGACUGCUCAUGGCUCUGUUAGCCUUCCUGAUGAGUCUCAACCCGGUGGUUCUGACAGUGCCACUUCUCAGUCCAGUGUGAAAAAGGCCAGUAUUAAAAUUUUGAAAAAUUUUGAUGAAGCUAUAAUUGUGGAUGCUGCAAGUCUGGAUCCAGAAUCUUUAUAUCAACGGACAUAUGCAGGAAAGAUGACAUUUGGAAGAGUCAGUGACUUGGGGCAGUUCAUCCGAGAAUCUGAGCCUGAACCUGAUGUAAAGAAAUCAAAAGGAUCUAUGUUCUCACAAGCUAUGAAGAAGUGGGUGCAAGGAAAUACUGAUGAGGCCCAAGAAGAGCUGGCUUGGAGGAUUGCUAAAAUGAUAGUCAGUGAUGUUAUGCAGCAAGCACAGUAUGACCAACCAUUAGAAAAAUCUACAAAGCUAUGAUUCAAGGCCUGAGAUAAAGGAGGUCUUCUUUGGAAAAAGAAGAGAACUUUGUCCUUUGGUUGGAUUCUUCAACACAGCCAGUGAAAACAGAGCACUGUGGUUUUUUUCACUGAUACAUCACUGUUGUUUCCAAGAAAGAAUGGGAGACAAUCCUAGACCAUAAUGCAGAGUAACAUGUAGACACAAAUGAUGCACAUGAUGUUCACACAGUGAGUCGCAAAGAUACAAAAUGGUAUUGUUUACAUUACUAGAAAAUUACUAGUUUUCCAAUGGCAAUAACUCAUUUAUGAAAGAGUCCACUGGAUAGACAGGGACCACAUCUUGUGUGAGGCAGAUAAAUGUAGAGUUGAUAUUUGAUAUACAUUCUUGCAGUGGGAAUCCAUCCCUAGCAGCAUCAUAGAGCAUGUAGCAGAGGUGCUUUAGUUUAUCCUCCUAAAACUAACAUGUGAGUCAGCCCCAUUGAGAGCCAGGCAGCUCUGAGUGGCAGUGUCGGGCUAGAAGCUUGUAAAACAGGUUGAGGAUUCCUUAUGUGGUCUUUCUUCACAGAAGCUUUAAUUUAGAAGGAAGCUGACAAGUCACAGAUCAAGCCUCAGUGACAUGGCCGUUCCUUUUGGUGGUAGCAUACAAUUUUCCACAUUUUACUUGCUCCUGAGAUGCACUAUCCUUAAAAACAGUCUCUCCCCUGCUAAUAAAAGGGCAAAUCUAGUUUACUUUGAACACUAAGAUUUGUUCUUCUGGAUGUUCCAGUUGCUUAACUUCCCCUUCAGAAGAUGUGUGGGAAGAUAAAAAAGUAAAGACCACUCCAGUUUCUCACUUGUAGUACUUUCAACAAAAUGGUUACUCUUAAGAUUGUUUUUAUUUCCCCCCGAUAAGGUGGGGAGAGAAGCACUCAACUUUGUUUGACUGCCUUCUCCAUUCUUUGGUAUAAGUGGGAAGUGUGCAGUUGGUGGCUUUUUUUCCCUGUCUUCUGGACAGUAAGAGACUUGCUUGCUGCACUUCUGCUCAGUCAGUGUUGUGUUGGGUCUGCACAGCCAUCCACAUGGCUACCCAGUUGGUGAGCACACUCCACUGGCCAUGCCGUGCCAGUCCUUCCUUGAUGCAUGUGACUGAGGAGAAAGAAAGUUCUAUUAGGUGUUACUGGUUUUGCUCAGACUUUAAAAAAAAGAAUAUAUGUAUAUAUAAAUAUAUUAUUAUUAAUCACCUCUGUCCUUGAGAAAAUCUUGAAUGAAUAGAGAGUUUAUUCCAUUGCAAUCCUGAUUGUGUAGAGGCACACUGUUUGAAAAGAAGAAGCAAAAAGGCUGUGUAUAAGUUUUUGGUACUAUGUACCACUUCUGUUAUUCUUCUAAAGCUGAAGUAUUCAUGUACUUAAACCAUAUGCUAUUUAAUUGUUUGAUUUUAAAUAUAUAUAUAUAUGAAUUAUAUUUAAAAUUGUGUCAACUUUCUGCUUUCAGGGCAUUGAUGGAUUUUUAUAUAUUGCUCCUUCCUAAUAUAUCCAUACCCAGAACAUGAGCCACUACUGGACUUAGCCUUGUGUUAGCAGUGUAGGCAUAGAACUGAGGUUUUUAAUAUAUAUGUAUAUGAAUAUAUAUGAUUUUAUAUAUAUAUGAUUAUAUACAUAUAGUGAUUGACUCAUUUUGUUCUUUUAACAAAAUAUUUCCAUCCAUUUCACAUUGCUUCACCCUUUAAAUAAGAGAAGAAAAGCAAUAUAAAAGUCAUAGAAUUAAAUACGGUUUUAGGUGAGUCUUGCUGCCACUGCAUGUUUUGAAGUAACAAUUUCUGUAAGACUCUAGGCUAUUUAAACUAGUGGUUUCUGUUGAAAUAAUUUCUAGUCAUUUCUUAGCACACAUUUUGUGCUUCUGAGUUACAGAUACUAGUGUUGUAAUCUCUUAGAAAAUAACAGGUUUGAGACUUGGUCUGGUGUGACCUGUUGUGAAACAUAAAAGCAGUGUGGCCUGAAAUUAUUAGUUAGAUUUAAUAUAUGAUCCAAACUAGAUCCUUGUACUCAUUUUGAAACUUGAAGUGGAUCCAUCGUAACAUUGAGCACUCAUUUGUGUUCCAGGUGCCAUGUAGGUUACCCACAAAAUGUGAUUCUCUGGUGAGUUCUUUAUAAGGUCAAGGAAUCAUCUGAACACUUUAUCCUUAUCAUAUCAUUGACAUCAACAUAAAUUGUUUAAAAAGUAAAAUAUUAAUGAGAAAGUGAUAACUUUUUUUAACUUGAUGUGUCUUUAUCACCCCUGUAAGAUUUGAUGAGUAUAAAGCAAAUAUUAACCAAAUCUAGUGAUGAGCAAUAGAACAGGGAGGAAAUUUUUGGUAACUUUUUCUAUUUGGGUUUCAGUAUUCAGCAGAGCUUUAUGAAAUACAAGUGGUUUACAGUACUAGAGCUUUGACUAGUUCAGUAGAAAUUUGGAGGGGAACGUCAUUCUGAAUUAUAAAAAAUUAUAAACUUCAUUGUUGUUUUAUUUAAGUACUGAGAGCUAAGCACUUGGUGAAACAGCUGAUUUCUCUAACAACACGGUUUGGGGAUUUGCCUGACUCAACAAUAAUUCCUCCCACACACUCCUGUAAGAGUGAAGGCCAUAUUUGUGCACAGUGACCCUUUUUCUCUCACCGUCUCCCCUACCUUCCAGUUGAUUGGACCAGGGUAGGACUGAUUUUAAAAGGCUCAAGGCAGUUCUUUAUCUUAAGAAUUCUCCAUGAGGGGGCCGUGGCUUUAGCUCAGUGGUUCUGCCACCUGCCUCACAAGUGCAAGGACCCGAGUUCGAUCCCUGGUACCAAAACAAAAGAAUUCUGCAUGAGGAUGAGAAGCUACCAGUCACCAUCUGGGAUGAUGCCUUUGAUGGGCCACCCACAGAGGCAGGAGCUGGCACUUUGUGGACAAGCAUGAGAGAGCGGCUAACUUGGUAACCCUGAGGACUCCCUUGGUCUUGGCAUCCAGUCCUGCAUCCUUGCCUUGGCCUUCACUCAUCCCUCAGGUAUUCAUCGAAUGAAUCUUGAUUUUUAAAAAUCACCCCAAAGUGAAUUUUUAUUACAUGCAACCAAAAGGACCUUGACUAAAGAGCUGCCACACUGCUCUAAUUCCUAGUGAUGAUAUAUGCUCCACCCAUGUGCAAAAUACUGCUGAAUUCUGGAGAAUUUUUCUCCACUAAAUCUUUGGUCAUUUUUUGUGUUCCCUCAAAAUGGAAUCCUACCCUAAUGGAACUCCCCUCAGGUAUUCAGAAGACUGAGGAAAGAUGUCGAUUCAAGGUCAACCUAGGGAACUUAUUGAGACCCUGUCUCAAAAUAGGAAAAAAAAAAAAAACAGCUGGGGAUAUAGCUCAGGGGUUCUUGGGGUCAAUUUCCAAUAUAGGAGAGGGGAAAGGAGAGAACACCCUCCUUUUUAUAGUGAAUAAUCAUUCAGGUCCUCUUUAUGCUUACCACUUUCUACUGAAGGGUAAACAUGAUCCCCACUCUUAUCAGUACAAUAAACCCAGAAAUAGAAGGAAUUUCAGUUACUGAGUAACCAAAGUUUAAAAUGGGAGGAGGGGUUAACUAUUAUAAAAUCUAUAAAUGCUAACCACUUCCAUGUACUAAGCCAGAUCUCCGGCCUUUGGCUGGAGCCAUAAAGUAUAGAAUAAACCUCAGUAAAUCCUUCAAGAUUACAAACUUGGCGAUGGGGUUGGGAGGUGCUCACACUAACAGUUGACCUCCGAGUCCCUUUCAGGUGGGCACUGAGGAAGCCUCUCUGCUUGAACAAACUUGGGAAUAUCUCAGAGCAGGGGAAAGGAUACUGUGGAUUCUGGACAGGUGGGAUGCUGAGGAAGGGGAUUGGAGGGUAUUGGUGUUAGUAGAGUUCCUGAGGACAUUCAUGUUCAGGAACAGUUUCUACUAUCUACCUGGCACAGAGGAAAGCAAAUAUUCUUGGAUGAUUUUAUGCAAACAAGUAUUUCUUUGGUUUGUUGCUUUCAAACUCCCUGCCUCUGGUGCAGUCAGAAUGCCACAGAACUUACCUGGAAUCAGUGAGCCUCUUGCCUAAGGGUGGUGGUGCAUCCACAACUACUUCACACCACUGAGGCAUCUGUGGGACUGGGCCCUUAGGUAUCCCUGAGCACAGGGUAUGAGCCCAGGCUGAAACAGGUGGAUCCUUUUUGCCCAGUCUGUCUAUGAUGAGUGGCCAUGGAACAUAGAAAGGAACUGAGAUUUGCAAGGAGCAAGUGAGACAUGAAGAUUGUGCCAAUUAUGGCAUUUCCUCAGGCUUUAGAUUUCUAAGUCUUCUCUUGAAUGUGCCCUUCAGCUCAUCCCUAAAUGACCCUAAGCUGUUCUCUGCAUCAUGGUAAGAACUCCUCAUGCCAUACAACAGGCUCUAACUGAAACACCUGGCAAGGCCGUGGAUUUAGCUCAGUGGUUUCACCGCCUGCUGCACAAGUGCAAGGAUCAGAGUUCGAUCCCUGAUACCAAAAAAAAAAAAAACAAAAACAACGCCUGGCUAGCACUUAACCCUUCAGACUAAGCAUAGCUCGAAGUGGUGAGUCGAAGCUCAGAACCUCACCAAAGCCCCAAGAGGCCCACCCAGAUUUUAGCUUUCCCUCUCUUACCAGGCAGCAACCAUUGUUCCUUUAAUUACAAAACUAUUGGUUUAAUAAAUAUUCACCCUGUGAAUGUCAGGCACUAUUUAUAGUACAAGGACACAGGAAGGAAUAAAACUUGCAGGCCUCUUAGAGCUACUGAGGAGGAGUUGGAAAUUAGAAAUUGCAUCUAAAAUAUAUGUUGGGCUGGAGAUGUCACUUAGUGGGAGAGUGCAUAAUUUAGGAUAUAUGAAACCCCAAGUUCAAUAAUACUAAAAAAGUAAUAAAAUAUGUUGUGGUAUUUUUUGUUCGGGAUAGCCUUUUGAGCCUAUGAUGUAACCCUUUUACACCUAUUCCCCAUGGCUACUGAAAAUCAUCAGGUUCCUGCUGAGCUAAUAGGGAGAAUGUAGUUUGGAGAGAGUGGGACAGAGGAACUGAGGAGGCAUUACCCUCCUUCGCCCUCCCAGCCUCAACCUUCCACAAGGACCAGUUGCUGUGUCACUCCAUUUACUCGACACACUUAGGUGUUGAUCAAAGAGUCAGCAUCUUGACGUGAGUCCAUCAAAGCUAGUAUCUCUCUGAGUAAGACAAAAGUAUAGAAAAGGUCACAGGAUCAGUCUUAGCUCUCUGCAGAGCUUUGGUGCAUGUUAAUUCUUAGAGCAAGGAAACUAAUACAAGUUUAUGUGCAUGUGAUAUAAAAUCAUGGCCUUAGAAAAACAGCGAGGUUUUAAGCUAAUUUCAUGAAGUGAUGGGCUUCUUGUGAGUUCUACUUUAAUGAUAAUAAUAACCACCAUAAUUGAGUACUUACCAUGUGCUAGGCACUAUCUUAUCUGAUCCGUAUAACACUCUCACAAGGUUAAGUGCUUGUUUUUUCCUGUCUUAUAAAUGAGGCUUACCAGGUAAAGGAAUUUCUCUAGGAUCUCAUAGCUAAGAAUCAAACCCAAGCAGCAAGGGUGCUGCUUAUCCACUAUUGUGUCAGACUCUAAUGUUUGUUCCUCUUUCUUUCAUUUUGCCCCUGGUCAGUAUUUACCACAGACUAGUACAGCAGAUACCAGAGGCUUAAGAAAAAAUUAGGGAGUUGUGGCUUUAAAAUGUAAAACAUCCCAUCUAUUACCUUAAAGCAGUAGUUUUUUUAUUUUUAUACACAUCUGGAUCUCCUGAAAAACUUGUUAAAACACAGUUCCUGAUUGAGGAAAUCUGGGGUGGCAUUAGAAUUUGCACUUUUAACAAAUUCCCAGAUGAUAAUGUUGAUGCUGUAGUAAUCAGUACUUGUUAUUUUCCCAGCCUUAGCUGCAGACAGGGCCCAUGGCAUAUUCUUCCAGGGCUGAGGCUUCAGGCUGCCAGGAUAACACCCUAGGUCCCCAUGUAACCCUUUGCACAAAUCCUGUCUGGUCCAUUUCCUUCCAGUUUGUCUCCCAAAUCCUUGAUUCCACUUGACCUGAGAUCCUGACCAUGCCUUUCUUGACCUAUUUCUCCUUUGCUAAUCACCUUUCCAAGUCCCUCCCAUAGGAUGCUCUUAAUACUACUUCCUUUUCUUUUCCUUCUUCAUCUUGCUCUCAGGUCCUUCCUCCUGCACCUGUUUGCCAAGCCUGUUAUAUGCCUGUUCUAGCUGCUAGGGAAUACAGCAAUGUCCAGGGCAGACAUACUACCUACUUUCCUUGCAGUCUUGAACAUGUAAUGACAAGUCACUGUGAUGAGUACUAUGAGAGAAAGAAACCUGUUGGGGGCAAUUUAGGGGGACUUUCCCCCUCCCUCUUCCUGGCCAUUUCAGUUUUUCUCCAGGACCUCCCCAUUCUGCACAUCUGUUUUCCUCAGAAUACCGUUUUUCUUGGGGCUGGGGAUGUAGCUCAGUGACGCUGUGCCUGCCUGGCAAGUGCAAGGUCCUGAGUUUGAUCCUCGGUAUGGGAUGUGUGUGGAGGGGUGCAAUUUCUUCACAGGCCUGACACAUGUAGGCCUCUCCCAACCCCCAGUCUCCCCAGUUAGACAAGGAUACAGGUUAGCCUUGUCCACAAGCUCCUGGGCAGGACUUUGCUCCACAUCCUCAUUCAACCCUUGUUACCUUGGGAGGCUGUCCCCUCCUAUCAGCUUUCUUCAUUCCAUUCCCACUCCAGGAAACAUUGCUGGCCAUGAUGAUCUGCCCAAAACCUAGCCUCCAACUUUGGUCUCUUGGUAUUUCACUCACCAGUCAUCCCCAUAACUGGUUGGUUGUCAUUUCUUGCAACUGUUCUACCUCUGACUGCUCCUCACACAUUUUAGUCUACCAGCCUCAAGCAAGACAAGUUUUUUAUGGUUAUGGUUUCUCCUAUUGGAAUGAGUUAAAAAAAGGGAAGGAGGGCCGGGGAUUUAGCUCAGUGGUUUCACCACCUGCUCUGUAACCGCAAGGACCCGAGUUUGAUCCCUAGUACCAAAAAGAAAAAAAAAAAGAAGGGAAGGAAAAUAGUCAUUAUUCUAUGAAGAUAUUCCCUCAUACUUCAAGAGUAAGGUUUUGCAAACUAGCCUUUCAAAGAGCAAUUCAAAAGCAAUAAGCUCGUGGUUCUAUUGUAAGGAUUAGAAACGUAUACCUACAUGAUAAACUGGGGCUGAAGGAAGAUGGUCCUAAUGAGACAGUUUUAUCAAGCUUUCCAGCAAGAGUGCCAGGCCUGUAGUUUGAAAGUGUUGCAUUUCAGGCUUCGGGUGUAGUUUAGUGAUAUAGUGCUUGCCUAGCAUGUAUAAAGAUCUGGGUUUGAUCCUCAGCAUUGCCAAAAAAGAAAGUGCUGCCUCUCAAACAAAUUAGACUUCAAGAAAGUCUGGCUGUAGAUAUCAUGAAGACAUUGGUACGUAAGAUGCUUGUGGAGAAUUUGAAUAAAAUUGUUACUUGAAAUGUGCAAAGGGAAAAAAGCAAUAUCUUGUUUUAUUGUAUUAUUGUAAUACUGUUAUUUUAAAUAAGCGUGUGUCACUAAAUAAAUUAGAUAUUAUAAGUAGA